GUCAUUGGUGCAUUUUAUUUUCUCCAACAGCGUCCUCGACUCUUCGUGCUGAGAGUUGUCCAAUACGUCCUGUUGUUGUUUGCCAUCUUCAAGCCAUCUUCCUCAUCGUCGAUAUUGUUUUUCUGCAAUCCGCAACGCUACCACCAUGUCCAUCGACCCUGCGAACACCGUGGACAACGCGUUUUCAACUUUUCUGACGAAUUACUUCGUUGGUGGGAUCAGUGGUUGCGCUCUGUUGAUGCAGUGCUUUUUCAAACAAGAUCCUUAUUUGAUGGCGUACUUCCUUCUGCAAAGCGUCGGCUACUCGUAUGCAGGAAUCUACCACCAGUUCUUCACCAAUCCAUCGGACCCCGCAGGCAAGACCAUAUUUCUUUUCAGCGUUGGCUUUACAGUUUUGGCAUUGCCCUGUUUAGAAUUCACCCUGACAGAGAACACCCGUCUCCGAAUGUGCCUUGCUGUGCCCAAUGUUGCCGUUGCAUUUUGCGUGGUUGCUUUCGAGAAAACAGUGUUUGCGGCGCUUUGGUGUCUGGGAAGCUUUGCUGUCAUUUCUGUUGUGUACAUGGUUCGCCGUGAGAUCCUUCGAGCACUCGGGAAUGCCACCAUUACAAUUGGUUUUGUGGUUCUGGGUGUCUUUUCUGGGGUAUUUUGUCAAUGCUACCGAAAUGUGGUCUUCCCUGACCGGCUUGUUUUCAACGAAAACGGACUCUUUCACAUCUUUGUGGCGGUGGGAUUGUUUCUACAUAUGAUGGCUGAAGCCAUCGAUGCGUCGAAUGGCACAACAACGUGUGCAUUUGGAGGGUGCAAGCAAGCCCCGGCGAACGAAGACGGAGAAGACGCUGUCGAUGAAUCUCCGGAGCAGUAUCCACCAACGGCGUCGCCGUACUGAAGUGUGUGUUGCGGAAGAUAUGCACCAUCGAAUCGAAUCCUACUCUUCAGUACGCUUCGAUGGUUCUCUGUUCCAAGUCGGGAUCCACAUGGACGUUGCGGCAUGUCGCACAGUGCAGAAUGGGAUACCCCAAAAGUUCGAAGCCUCUAUGAAGGCAGCUACUCGGAGUUGUACCGGAGUUCCGAGUUCUUAGCAAAUCUACAACAAUCUAGCAUGUCACUGCCACCUAUACUGUGGUGUGAAAGCAUAACUUAGACUACUUCUACUACG